AUGUCAGAACGCGUCGGUCAAGUUCAACAACAAUGUACAAAUCAAGUGCUCGAAGUGCAGGAAAAAUGGACAAGCAAGGCAAAUACUUUGAUUCAACUUGAAAAUCAAAUCACUACAAUCAAACAUACAAUGAGUCAGGAGCGCAAGAAAUUCAACAGUGAAAUUACUGCCAUUAAGCAUAUGGUCAUUUUAGCACCAUUACGAUCUACUGUCAUCCCGACAAAUGCCAUAUGGGUAAGCAAUGGUAUUACAGUGGCUGGUGGCAAUGGACAAGGCUCUUCACUUAACCAGUUCAAUCUGCCACAUGGUUUAUAUGUCGAUGAAUAUCAAACUGUAUAUGUUAUUGACUACUACAAUCAUCGUGUUAUGGAAUGGAAGUUUGGUACAAAGGAGGGCAAAGUGGUUGCCGGCGGAAACGGACGAGGAAACCGAUUAGAUCAGUUGUCUGGUCCAUCAGAUGUAAUAGUUGACAAAGAGGCAGAUAAACUUAUCGUUUGCGAUCGUGGAAAUCAACGAGUAAUCCGAUUGUCUCUUCGAGGUGGCACAAGUGUAGAAACGAUAAUGUCAGGCAUUGACUGCUAUGGCUUGACAAUGGACGAUCGAGGCUUUCUCUAUAUAUCUGAAUACGGAAAUUGUGUUGUUAAACGAUGGCGAGUCGGAGAGAAUGAUGGAACAGUGGUGGCAGGCGGCAGAGGAAAUGGUGAUCAUUUGGAUCAACUGAAUUCCCCUACCCACAUUUUCGUUGAUGGAGCUUACUCAAUAUACAUAGCGGACACACACAAUCAUCGUGUAAUGAAGUCGAUGGACGGCGCAAAAGAAGGUAUUAUCGUAGCUGGUGGACGAGGUGAAGGGAACGAUAUUAUGCAAUUGUCACACCCUCAUGGAUUAGUUGUCGAUCAGUUAGGCACUAUCUAUGUGGCAGACUUUAGCAAUCAUCGAGUAAUGCGUUGGUGCAAAGGAGCUAAACAGGGAACUAUCCUUCUUGGUGGAUAUGGUUCAGGAAACCAAGCACAUCAGUUCAAUCGCCUCGUAGGCCUGUCAUUCGAUCAACAGGGCAAUCUUUAUGUGGCUGAUUAUGAUAAUAAUCGAGUACAAAAAUUCAACAUCGAUUCACGUUUAUGUUUGUAG